AGUUUUAAAAAAUAAAAAUUGUCAAUUAUCAAUCUUGUUUUGACGUUUGUGUUAUUAAGUAAACAAAACAAACUUAGGAAAUAAAAAUUAUUAUAUUUAAAAUAACUUACCGGAAUAAGUUACCGGAGAUAUCAUACAACUAAUCUGUAAAUGAUAAUUUUUUUUUUUUUAUCAAUACACUUUAUUACUAUUAUAACCUACAAUGGCUUUAAAUAAGUUUAUGCAUCCUCGUAACAUUUACAAAAUGCGCCCUGACUUUGUAAAGCUGGCAAAAACAUACGAAGAAUUCUCAGAAAUAGCUAAAGUGGAUGUCAGUGGAAAAGUAAGUAUUGAUUUUAAGGAUCCCAAUUCGUUGAGAAUUCUAACACAAUGUUUGCUGAAGGCUGACUUUGGUCUGGACAUAGUUAUUCCUGAAGAUCGCUUAGUACCAACACUUCCACUCCGGUUGAAUUAUAUACUAUGGAUUGAAGAUUUGAUGAGUGCUAUCAAUAAAAGUGAUCCUAUUUUUGGCCUUGAUAUAGAAAUAUUUUUAGGUACCGGAGCUUGUGCAAUAUAUCCCUUGUUGGCUGCAGUUAAGAAUAAAUGGCACAUGGUGGGAUUAGAAACAGAUUCUGAAAGUUUGCAACAUGCUACAUACAACAUUAGCAAGAAUAAUUUACAAAAUUAUAUUGAAGUGAAAGAAAAUACCACAAAGUCAGUACUUGAAUAUAUGUUUUUGGAUGAAAACAGCCAAACAUUUGAAUUUUGUAUGUGUAACCCACCAUUUUACACUAACAUAGAAGAACUAUGGGAGUCUCGUAGCCCAGCCAGGCCUGAACCUAAAAAUGGCUUUACUGGAUCACCACAUGAGCUUAUAACUGAAGGUGGAGAGUUGCAGUUCUGUAGAAAAAUUAUUGAAGAAAGCAAACUACACAAAGACAAAAUUCUAAUAUUUACCACUAUGGUUGGGCAUAAGUUUAAUUUAAAGGAAUUAAUUAUUGAUUUAAAGGCUGAUGGUAUUAAAUAUACAACUACAGAGUUCUGUCAAGGUCGGGUCACCAGAUGGGGACUAGCCUGGACAUAUCAAAAUUAUGAUUUUUCAAAAAUGUUCUCACCAAGAGAAUUGAAGCCUAAGAAAAAUGUUCCAAUUUCAUUUUCCUUACCAGAACUAAAUGAAUGCAAUGAUAAUAUGCAGAAGUUGAAAAACAUACUACAAGAUCUUCAAAUUAUUCAUAAGGUUGUAACAAAACGAAAGAACGAAUUGGUUCUUGAUAUUGAAGCAAUGUCCAAUACAUGGUCAAACCAACGUCGUAAAAGAAGAAUACUGAAGCGUUUGUCAGGGGACCAAAUGAAAAAAGUAAAAAAUGAUUUAGAAAUACCAACCAAUGAGAUAUCAGAGAAAAUUCAUCACAAUACUGAUGAAUUGCAAAAAACCAUUAUUGAUAAGAGUAUUGACCCUCUAGAGGGUACAAGUCAUAAUUUAUCAAAUAGCAAAUCAUUAGAAAAUCAAACACCAGCAAUAGUACAUGGAAUAAUGAAAAUAAAUAACAAAGACAAGAUUUUACAUAUUGAAAUUGAAUUUAUAAAUGGUAGCGCUGGUAAAGAAGGACUACAUCAAAUAGUUCAGUACAUUAAAAAUAAUUGGAAAUGAU